UAACAAAAUUUAUAAAAUAAAAAUUGUUAAUUUUAUUAAUAACGAAACCAACAAGAAUAUUAUUUAAUUUAUUUAAUUUUGUUUAUGAAAAAAAUGAAAAAAGCAAGUGAAGUGAUUAUUAUUAUUCUUCUUGGUUUUGUUUUAUGGGGGGAAUUUGUUGGAGCAUUAUCUAUUCGUAGAAAUUUGGUAAAUGAUAACUUUGCUGGACCAGACAAAAAUCUUCCCAAUGAAAUUUCUUCUAAUGAUGACAAUGGGAAACAAGAUGAAAAGGAUGUUGUUGGAGCUGAAAAUGAAAACGAAGAACAAGACAAAGAUUCGGAGACUGAUUUCGAAGUUGAAAUAAUUAAUACUGAAAAGCAGCCUGAUUCAGAAGGAGAGCCCGAUGGUAUAGAUAAUGGAACUUGUGUAUGUGUCGAAAAAAAUGGGAAAAAUGAAGACGGUGAACAAGAUGAAGAACAACAAGAAGAAACUCCAGGACAAGAAGAACCAGAUGAUGGAGGAGAAGGAAAUCCAGAACAAGAAACUGUAAGCAGAGAAACAUCAGAUGACAAUGAUGGAGCUCAAAAUCCAGUUGAGGACAGUGAAAACCCUACUGGAGUGAAAGAAACUGUUUUAGGCGAUAGCGAAGAAGAAAGCAAUAAUGAAGGCAAAAAAGAAAUGGAUAAGGAUGAAGAUCAAGGUCAAAUCGUUGGAAUUACUGUACCUCAACAGGGUUUUACAUUUAGUCCAUUGGACAGUAAAAAUUGAUUUUCUAGAUAUUGUUUUAAUAAAA